AUGGCAAAUCCUUUAUUCCCACAUCAAAACCCUAAUCCACCGCCUCAUAUUAAGGGAAAGCCGUCUUCAAAGAGAAAGGUUAGGGAGCCAAAGGAGGAAAAUGUGACUCUUGGUCCUGCUGUCAGAGACGGUGAACAUGUUUUUGGUGUGGCUCGCAUCUUUGCAUCAUUUAAUGACACCUUCAUUCAUGUGACUGAUUUGUCUGGAAGGGAAACACUUGUCCGCAUUACUGGUGGAAUGAAGGUUAAAGCUGACAGAGAUGAGUCAUCUCCAUAUGCUGCUAUGCUUGCAGCACAAGAUGUUGCUGCCAGGUGUAAGGAGUUGGGCAUAACUGCUCUUCAUAUUAAGCUACGCGCAACUGGGGGUAACAAGACAAAAACACCUGGUCCUGGUGCUCAGUCUGCUCUACGAGCCUUGGCUCGAUCAGGAAUGAAAAUUGGUCGCAUAGAGGACGUGACCCCAAUUCCUUCAGAUAGCACCCGUAGAAAGAGUGGUAGGAGGGGUAGAAGGCUUUGAGGUUGCUAUUGUACGUGGAUGGAGCUAUCUUUUUUGUCACCGUGUUUUGUUUCUCUUGCCAGACUUUAUUGUGGCAUUUUGAAUUUUAGCUUAAUCUGUUUUUUUAACUUUAUUGUACUUGACUCAAUGUGUUCGCCAACUAUUUUAUGCGAGUUGAUUUAGAUAUUAUAGUCAUA